AGGCAGAGCCGACGCGAGAGUCCUGUAACUGAGCUCACCGCCAACGGCUGUUUUUCUUCGAUCGGUUGACCGUUCUCCGCUUCAACAUUCAGGUUACAUGCUGCGUGUCUUUCUGGCCUGUCGAGGUAGGCGCGUCUCUUCGGAUUUGAUCGUUUCGUAGCAGCAGCAGCAGCAGCGAUGGCCGCUCUCAAGCAGAGAACCUCGGGCCUCGUCCAGCGGAGGAACGAGGCCAUCCGCAGCGCCGCCGACAAGGACAGGGACUCCGCCGAGGAGGAGGACGAAGCGCGCCGCGGCGAGGAGGAGGACGACGACGACGACAAGGGGGACUCGAAGGAGACCAGGCUCACGUUGAUGGAGGAAGUGUUGCUCUUGGGCCUCAAGGACCGAGAGGGCUACACGUCUUUUUGGAACGACUGCAUUUCUUCCGGUCUCCGCGGGUGUAUGCUGGUGGAGCUGGCCCUCAGGGGGAGGCUUCAGCUGGAGGCCUCCGGCGUGAGGAGGAGAAGCCUGCUCUCCAGAAAGGUGAUCUGCAAGUCUGACGCCCCGACGGGAGACGUGCUGCUGGACGAGGCCCUGAAGCACGUUAAAGAGACCCAGCCUCCAGAGACCGUGCAGAGCUGGAUCGAGCUGCUGAGUGGAGAGACCUGGAAUCCCCUGAAGCUGCACUACCAGCUCAGGAACGUUAGAGAGCGUUUGGCCAAAAAUCUGGUUGAGAAAGGUGUGCUCACCACAGAGAAACAAAACUUCCUGCUUUUUGACAUGACCACACAUCCGCUCACCAACAACACCAUUAAACAGCGACUGGUGAAGAAGGUCCAGGAAUCUGUUUUGGAGAAGUGGGUCAACGAUCCCCACCGCAUGGACAAGCGGGUCCUGUCCCUGAUUCUUCUGGCCCACUCGUCCGACGUGCUGGAGAAUGCCUUCGCGCCGCUGCAGGACGACCAGUACGACCUGGGCAUGAAGAGGGUCCACACUCUGCUGGAGCUGGAGCCGGAGAAAGAGAGCGCCAAGCCCAACGUCAACGAACUCAUGUGGGCGGUGGUGGCCGCGUUUACUAAAUGAAAAACGCCUGAUCGCUUGGACUGAAAGAACUGGCUACGGUCUGCUAUUUAAUUGAUUGAAGGACUUCACUUAAUGAGACAGACUUCACUUUAAUGAGACAAUCUGUUUUGUUUGGGAAGCCUGUGUGUACAUCUACUCCGGAUGACGUUUUGGUGGCAGUCCAUAUUAACCGGGUGCAAUCGGAUUGGUGGUGGGCUUCACCGAGUAACGUUCGGCUGGAGCGGUCUCUAAAUAAAACAAUGAGUGGCUGCUUUCACACAGUGAGGUAUGUUAUCUGCUGCUGCGAGGCCGGGCGUGCGAAGAACCGCCGGCACUACCAACGGAACAGGUUUUCUGUUCACGUUAGAUGACAUCAAAGAACAAAGGCAGGUGGCAGCAGUAGUCACGGUGAAUAUGAAGAUCCAAGAUUCCUUUCUUCACUAAGGGAACAUCCUCGCUAGCUUUCCACACGGUCGAAUCAGAAUCAAAUCCUGGUCUCCUCUCCAUACCCCCCCCCCCCCCCCCCCCUGUCCCCUUACAUGCUUAUGCAAGGAUAAAAGAUAGCAGAUCCCGCUGCUAUUGAUGCUCUUUGCACUCGCGCAGGUCUCCUGCUCCCACGAGAUUCUUCCCCACUGGUUGGGAUCGCGUCUUUUAGAGUUACUGUUGGAUCAGAUUGCCGCAAUGUUUUAUUGACUCAUUCCGUUUUCUGAUUGUUAACUUUCCUCCGCUUUUCCUCCUUGCAUUGUGAGGAGGACAAUUAAUACUCACUGGCCUGCAACACUACGAGUGAGCCGAGAAAUUUGGCCAAAAUGAAGAAUUAGACCGUGAGUCACUUAUUGGUCGCAAUGGGUCCAUUCUGUGUUUCUAGGAGGAGAUUAGUCUUCCAUGUCGCUAACCGAUGCUUCAGUGCCCUUCCAUCUAUCAACUUAUUUGCACGGUCGAUAGCCCUGUAGGAAGAAUUCCGUUUUUUAGGGAUUGAAAAGGUUAAAAAUCAAGAACCGUAGCGUGGUUGAGAAAAGGAAAAAAAAAAAGAUCUCAUUUAUUUUGCAUCAUUCCUGAGUUUUAAAAAAGCCACAUGUGAGUCAAGAUGGAAAAAACAAAUAGGCCCGUCAUAUCUGUUCGGAUUCUUUAUUUUUAUUUUUAUUGCCUUUAACAGCCCCUUCAAGGUUUACAGUAUGAUCCUCAGCAGCUGCUCACACGGCUGAUGGGAAAUGUUAGCUGAAUGGGCUCGUUUAAAUUCAGGAAAAGGAUCGGUUCACCCGAAUGAUGAACCGGAAACACAUUUUGGUGUCGAGCCACGGAGGUAACUUUGGCUUUAUUUAUGUUAUUUACUCCUUAGAAAUUGGUAAAUGGAGUUUCCUUUUGUUUGUCAGCAGUAAAUAUUCAGAAGCAAAGUCCUUUUUUUUUUUUUUUUUUUUACUUUCCCCCUAAUUGUUAAUCUUUGCUGUGAAUUGUUUUCAAAGACGUACUUUGCACUAAAGAUACCACCUCGAUGACGUCUGAGAACUGCAUGUUCUGUGGGUUAAAUAUAGAUGUGGACAGAAGCAGGUGGAACUACGUCUUUCGUUGUUUUGGGUGAAGCGACCCUUUGAAAGUCUCCCUGUUGCUAUGUAGUGUCGCUCCGCUUCUACGUCAUAAUUAGAUGUAAUUUCUAACUGGUAGGCCCACGCGGGCGUGUUUAUAUUGUUUGAUACAUGCAGAUUACGGGAGGGUUACUUGGAGCCCAGAGGGAAUGAACCUGUUCCACCACAUUAAAAACCAAACUCCUCCUGGCGGGCUUCUGUGCAGAUUUACAGGUUCUGGUUCGCGCUCAGAGUUAAAUGUGUGAUGGGAUUCUUGCAGUUUUGUCUUCUGUUUUCUACCAGCGGAAUACCAACUAGUCUGAAGAAGUGUUGAAAUGCGUUUAAGAGCAAAGCGAGCAUGCAUGCUAUCGGUGGAGGGCUGGGGUACUUGUUCAUGUAGCUACAGAGAAAAAGGCUUUUGUGUAAUCAUUAGUUAUUUUAUGUGUACGAUCUAAUGGAAUUCAAUGAAAGGGAUCUACUCUCCUAUACGCUAUAAUUCUGUAUGCUUUUAUAUUACCACACAAAAUAAAGUAAGGAUCCUUUAAGUGCCUGAAUUUA